AUGAUAAUUGAAGAUUUAAAGUAGAAAUGUCAUACACGUCAUCUUUUUUCUCGAAAAUCAAAUAAAAUAACGUUUGAUAUAACAUUAAUAAUUCUAUGCACAAUUGAUUAUUAUGCCACAACUCUUACAUCUGAACAUAUAAUAAGUGUUUGACAAGAAAAUGGGGAGCUCGCAAAGUGUCGAAAUUCCUGGUGGCGGUAUGGAAGGAUAUCAUGUUCUACGUGUUCAAGAAGGUUCCCCUGGACAAAAAGCUGGUUUGGAGGCAUUUUUUGACUUUAUAGUAGCAAUUAAUAAAACUAGACUUGACCAAGAUAAUGAUACACUUAAGGAAUUACUUAAGAACAGUGUUGACAAAGUAAUUACUAUGACAGUGUACAGUAGCAAAACCCAAAUUAUUCGGGAGAUCCAAAUAGUUCCAAGUACAAGCUGGGGUGGUCAAGGUCUUUUGGGCGUCAGUAUCAAAUUUUGUUCUUUUGAAGGAGCUAAUGAAAACGUUUGGCAUGUUAUGGAGAUUCAUCCAUCAUCUCCAGCAGAACUUGCUGGCUUGAAACCGUUUACUGACUAUAUUAUUGGAGCAGAUUCAAUACUACAUGAGAGUGAAGAUUUGUUCAAUCUAAUUGAAAGUCAUGAAAAUAAACCUCUAAAGCUAUAUGUUUAUAAUACAAAUGAUGAUGCAUGCCGUGAGGUUUCCAUAACACCUAGAUCAAAUUGGGGCGGUGAAGGUAGUUUAGGUUGCGGAAUAGGGUAUGGAUAUCUUCACAGAAUACCCAUCAGAGUUUUGCCACCACAUCCUGCUACAAAAUCUACACCAGAAAUGACUCCCAUGCACGUCAGUAAACAUGCUAAUGUUUCUACUUUGUCAUCAGGCUUGAGCAAUUUGUCUGUAAAUGAUAAUUCAGUUAGUCCAUUAUCUUUUGCAAGCGGUGUACCUCUUACACAAGGUGGUCGGCCUAUAACUACUAAUGCUGAUGGGACACCUAUAAGUCCAACACCUUACAAUAUUCCCGGUCUUAAAUUAGAUAGUAAUUGUAGUGACAUUAACAAGCCCAGAAUUAGUAAUUCUUCAGAGCAACCUCAUCCAACAACUGUUGGUGGAAGUACAACUAUACAAUCUGCAAAUUUUAUUAGUCAGCAAUUUUUUGAUAAACCAUCGUUAGAUCUUCCAGAAAUUGGAGCUACCAGCCAGCAACUACCUUCACAUCAUGAAAGCUCCGGUGUCAAUAGCGUGUUAAGACCUACUGUGUCUAUAAAUGGACCUUCUAUGGGAAUUCAGCCAUCAUCUGGAUUUUCAAUGCCAAAUGCACCAUAUUCUACUGUUCCUGUUUAUAAUUCAGCUACAAUGAUAAAUAAUGUUCCCCCAAGUGCAAAUCAAAUUAAUUAUCCUUUUAAUUACCAAAGUGGUAUGCCUUUAACUACUCCCAUUAAUUUACCUGGAAUGCCUCCUAUAACCGUAAGUGCUACAUUGCCAAUAGCCACCUUGGAAUGUUUACAAGUUAUAGAAGCAGAAAAAAGGAAUCAACAUUAAAUAAAGCUAUGAAUGUUUUUUUUUUUUUUAGAUAAAAAUCACGUAAGAUCUGUAUAAGAGGAGUGAACUGAUUGU